UAAAGAGAAACUUCAAUGGGUGCAGAGGAAGGUCACUUACCUCGGACAUGAACUGUCACAAGGCAAAGUUCGUCUGUCUGCGGACAGGAUCAAAGCCAUUGCUACAUUCAAGCAUCCAUCCACACGGAAGCAAAUGCAAAGCUUUCUGGGACUGGUCAAUUACUGUCGCCUGUGGGUGCCUAACUGUUCCAAGUAUGACAAAAUCCUGCGUGAAGCUACGCUGGGUGACAUGGAGGACAUUACAUGGACAAGUGAGAUGAAUCAAGCAUUCAGACAUUUGAAAUCCUCACUCUUAAGGCCGCCUGCCCUCGGCCUACCUUGUUACACCCAAGACUUUCAUUUGUACGUGUACGAAAACGGAGGCACAGCCGCUGCAAUCCUGGCCCAAGAGCAUGGGGGCACUUUCCGUCCAGUAGCUUAUUUAUCUAAGACCCUGGAUUCAGUAGCCAGGGGACUCCCAGCCUGUUUGCGUGCAGUGGCCGCCACAGCUGUCAUGAUACAAGAUGCUGAAAAAGUUGUUUUAUCGCAUCCACUCAUUGUGCAUGUCUCUCAUCAGAUUGCUGACGCAAGGUGAAUUCGAGAGUGACGACCAUGACUGCCUGACCAGGAUCCAAACUUCUACUGCCUGCAGGCCAGACGUUUCUACGUCUGUCCUGGAGGAGGGAAAGCAUUGGUAUAUUGAUGGAUCCUGCUUUAAGCCAAAUGACAGUACAUAUUUGUGUGGUUACGCUAUUGUUGAAUUACCUGAUAAAGUAAUUGAAGCGCAUUCACUGCCAUAUAAAUCAGCACAAGUUGCAGAACUGAUUGCAUUAACAAGAGCUUGUCAAUUGGCUAAAGGUCAGUGCAUCAAUAUAUACACUGACUCCAAAUAUGCGUACGGUGUAGUCCAUGAUUUUGCUAAAUUAUGGGAGGAAAGAAACUUCAAAACCUCCGACGGAAAACCAAUUUCGCAUCAUAAUGUUGUGGCUGAACUGAUUAGUGCAGCACAGCAACCAUUGAAGCUUGCAGUUAUUAAAGUAGCUGGUCAUAAAACAGGUGAAUCUGAUGAAGCCAAAGGAAACAGAUUUGCAGAUGAAGUAGCAAAAUGGGCAGCAAAAGAAGCAAUAUGUAGUCCACAUGUAAGUGAACAAAGCAAUGAAGUGCCGAUGAUGAAUUCGUCGUUGAUUAAUGAUUUGGAUGUUAAAAUACUGCAAGCAAAUCCUACUCAAGAGGAUUUGACUCAUUGGGCAGCCAAUGAAGUGAAACCAGAUCAAGCUGGUAUUUUAAGAGAUAAGCAAGGUAGAAUCGCACUACCAGCAUCCACAGUUGUAAUGCUGUGCAGACAUUAUCAUGGUGUAUCACAUGUGUCGAAAGAGAAAGUGAUACAAAAUUUGAAUCGAUCAUACUGCAUAGCCAAUGUUCGAAGAAAUACUUUGUUGAUAUUGGAUGCUUGUCUAGUGUGUGCUCAAACCAACAGGCACAAGGCAAUCCGCCAUGAUGCUUUACCGCAUCCAGAACUUCCGUUCCAAUAUUUACAGAUUGAUUUUACACACAUGCCUCCAUGUGGAAAUCACAAGUAUUUGCUCGUGAUUAUUGAUCGAUUUACUAAGUGGCCUGAAGUUUUUCCAUGUGGAAAAGAAGACGCGAAGACAGUAGUAAAGAUUCUUGCAAAAGAAAUUAUACCGCGCUUCGGUAUUCCGACCGUGAUAGCAAGCGACAAUGGAACUCCGUUCACUUCUAAAGUUACACAAUUAUUAGCUAAAGAGCUGAAAAUUAAUUGGCAUUUCCAUAUCCCGUACCAUCCGGAAUCUUGUUCGAACGCCGAACGACUUAAUGAAACGAUAAAAGAACGUCUAAAUAAAGCGUGUCUAGAUACGGGAAGAAAUUGGGUUGAUUUGUUGCCUGCCGUACUGACGGAAAUAAGAAUGUCUCCGUCAGCCACUACAAAAAUGUCUCCAUUUGAAAUUCUCAUGGGUAGACCUUUCCCGACCCCUUGGGUCAGAGGUCGCGCUGGCAAUCUUUCCACAGGUGACACGGAGGUGAUCAUCGCAGAUUAUGUGGAUUCCCUUGUUAGAACGUUAAAUGGCAUAAAUGGUGAUGUUUCUCUCUCUCUCCCUCUUCCCUCAGAAAAGCCAACUCAUCCCUUUGUUCCAGGACAGUGUGUCUAA